GCGCCCCUCCGCGCCUCUCCGCGCCUCUCCGCGCCCCGCCCGGCACGGCCGAAGCUGCGCGCCCCGCUCCGCCGGCGCCGAGCGGCCCCGCGGGCGGCGGGAUGGCGGCCAAGGCGGCCGAGCUGCCGGGCGUCUGCUCCAGCUACCAGGCGGUGAUGCCCCACUUCGUCUGCGUGGCCGAGGAGUUUCCCCCGCCGCCCGCCCGCCCCGCCAAACCCCCCAAGGGCAAGCUGCGGCGGCCGCGGCAGUCCCGCUUCAAGACGCAGCCGGUGACUUUCGACGAGAUCCAGGAGGUGGAGGAGGAGGGGGUGUCCCCCAUGGAGGAGGAGAAGGCCAGGAAAUCCUUCCUGCAGUCGCUGGAGUGCCUGCGGCGGAGCACCCAGAACCUCAGCCUCCAGCGGGACCGCCUGGGCAGCUGCCGCCUCCGCAACAGCCUCGACUCCAGCGACUCGGACUCGGCCCUCUGAGGGCCCCCGGCCCGGCUCCCGGCUCCCGGCCCGGCUCCCGGCUCCCGCCCGGCUCCGGCCCGGACUGGGCAGCAGGGAGCCGCCCCGCCGCUGGCCGAGGAGCGCCCGGGGUGGGAUGUUUUCUAAGAAAGCGCUUGUACCUUCGUUUCUAUUCGAUUGUAUGAAACUCUCCGUUUAAAAGACAAAAAAAAAAAAAUCUUUUCUAUUCGUUAGAAGAAAUGAGCUGUUUUAGAUGCAUUGAGCUGCUGGACUUUAUAUUUAUUUUUGCAUUUAAACCGUUGACUGCAUUAAUUUAAUAUGUUUCUACCUGAAUGUCUUAUUAUUUCCAUAAAAGAGUAAUAAAAUCUGAUAUAUUUGCACAGUA